AGAGAGAGAGAGAGAGAGAGAGAGAGAGAGAGAGAGAGAGAGAGAGAGAGAGAGAGAGAGAGGCAGAGAGAGGGAGCGGAAGAAGAUUGGAGAAAAUUCUGUAAUGCUGUAGUCAAAUGGGUAUUGGGUAUUUGAUCUAGUAAACGUAUUGCCGAGCUCGGAACAACAACUCAAACCAAUGGUAGAGGUAUAGACAUAACUGUUGUUGAUUAGCAGAAUGGUGCCACCGAAUAGAACUUGAUAGAUUGAAGCUGUAAUGUGAACCAAGCGUUACUGGGAUCAUAAACAAAGUUGCCCACCAGCUUCAGGACGUUGUCUGCUGCUACGCCGAGGGUACCGAGAAACACCGUAUGAAUCGCCAAGCUUUCCCGACGAUAUAUAAUAUACUAGUUGGUGCUGAGGGAGACAGUUCCUAGACCAGUGAGGGAGGGACCAGAACAGGACCAAAGAUGGGUGGCGUGGUGACCAAGUUUACAAGUGCCUUUGGCGAUUGGUCUAAGAACCCUACACGUGUGCUCAUGCUUGGUCUGGAUGCAGCAGGUAAAACCACGAUCCUAUACAAGCUGAAAUGCAGCGAGACGGUUCAGACCAUCCCCACUAUCGGGUUCAACGUGGAGACCAUCACACCUGUCCCUGGUCUCACUCUAACAGUAUGGGACGUAGGUGGCCAGGAGAGACUAAGGGCACUCUGGAGGCAUUACUAUGUAGGCACGGAAGGUAUCAUCUUCGUGAUAGACAGCGCAGAUCAGAUGCGAUUCUUGGACGCACGGGAAGAGUUAUUUAACAUGCUUAAUUCAGAUGAUAUCGUGGAUGGGACCCCUCUUCUCAUCCUCUGCAACAAACAGAUAUGAGUGAAGCAGAGCCGGUCUCGAAGAUCAGUGAUACCCUAGACCUGAGGAGGGUUACCAGGAACCCUUGGCACAUCCAGGCCAUUUCAGCCAUAUCCGGAGAGGGACUCCUAGAAGGAAUGACCAAGAUAGCCAAGAUGGUCAAGAAUUUUAAGAAAGAGAACAUGAAGAAAGAAGCAUCGUCUUCGUGAUUGUGACGAGUGAAGGAAAAAGACACUGUGAAUUUACUGCUCAUAAAUCAUCACGAAUACAGUACUUAUCGAUGGGAUAUGACAACAGAUGGUGCAAAAUUAAACGGACGUCUGACAAAAUUACAGGAAAUAGAAGAUCUAGCAUUCGACAUGUUCUAACUGAAAAACUACUGACAACUCUUUGUGUGACACUAAACAUCUGGAGAGUCUAUCUUCCAGACAUGUUUGACGAGGUGCUGACACUGUGUCAGGAAUUCAGGAAUAUUCAUGGGGAAAAAGAUGAUGUUACUAUUUUGUUAAGUUUUGUAUAAGCUUGUUUAAAAAAAAAAUGAUGCACUUCAUUCACUGUCAGUCUUCGAUGAGCUGUACAUCAUUUAUGCUAUCCCGUACGAACCAACAAGAAAACAAAAUGAACAAUAAUUAAGAUUUUUACCCAAACAUCAUUUUUCUGAGCUUGGUUAUAAGCAGGAUGAGAUACAGUUUCCAUUUCCUUAUACGAUCUUUAAACAAGGAAGAAAAACACACGUCUCAAAUAAUAUCAUCAAGAGGACUUACAUCGAAUGCUGAGUAUCUGGCGUACGGUAUAUGAAUGUAUAUUAAGAAGAAAGUUCCUCCUGGGUAUAAUUAUAUAUCUCUCAUCGAAAUUAUCAUCUUGCAUAUUUGUUUAGACUAUAUGAACUGCGCAAUGGACAAUGUACAUACCCAGGCACUUCCGCCAUGCUAUUCACAUGAUUAGUUGAUGUAUAGUUAUUUGUAAAUAGUAAUAGAGUGAAAAUAGAACCAAACUAUAUAUAGGUCUGUGUAGAAGCACAAUUUGAAUUCUUCUUCGUCACAAUUCGGCUGGCCGUGUAGAUGGCAGAAGGAUCUUGAGCAACGUCUUUUGGGAAUUUUCUUUAAAGAUCAGAUGAAAAGGCGUCAUAACAGGGGUGUCAACCCUGGGGUCCACUUGAGACAGUUACCCUCUGCCCCCCCCCCCCAA